CACCACACAUACAUUUCACAGCGACGACUUCGUGCAGAUCUCAAAGGCCUUGCUUUUUGAAUGCAUAAGCCAGAAACGCAAAAGACAUCAUGGAUGCCAUGUUGUAAGGAUAUCACGGGCUAAAAGAUGUGCUGAAGACAAGUUGGUGUUACCGUAACUCUAUCUCAAAAUUUCGACUGGCAUUUCGAGAAGUGGCGAGUUGGUUCUUUAUUCUAUGGUUCUGUUCUCUGAUCGCGCCGCUCAUUUUCCCCGUCAAAGUGCUCAAAGCAUAGAGGUGCAAAGCUACCACGGCCCCAGCCACGGUUUUGGCGCUACCAGCAAGCAUGUGAAGGUACACGGAGCUUUGGCUGAGCUGGCUGAGCCAUGAAGUGCGCUUAGCCGCAGAACACCGGGAGCGAAACUGAUCGCACUCCGCAAGCGCGAUUCCAUAAGAUGGCGAAUUCGGAUAUUGGCGUUGGGAAAAGCAUCGCCGUGCUUGCAAUCGUGGUCGGUUGCUUCACAGUCCUCUGGCCCAAAGUGUUCUAUCCAAUGAUGCAGGCAGCUUUCUCCAUGUCGUUUACGGCACAAGAAGGACCGGACGGCUUGAUCCCAGGCCGAGGGGCCCAGCCACAAACGUACGAAGCCAUGGGCCAGGCCCGACCUCACAACCCAGAGUAUGCAAGGGGCCGUCCAUUUCCACAUCCAUCGAUGCGCCAGCCCCCUCGACAGGCCGCCAAGACGGGUGGCACCAUGAACCUCGUGAUGCCUUUGUACACGAUUGGAGUGGUCGUCUUCUUUCUUUACACUGUGCUCAAGUUGGUAUGUAAGAAGCCCCCUGCUCCAGCAGCACCAGACAGUGUGAACCAGGAGCCAUGGUCACGUCCUGACCCGCGAGGCACCUCGGGCUUCGGCUCACCAGGCCGCAGGGUCCACCCGGGCGACUCUUCACGACAGACUCCCCUGGGUGAAGUGGAAGAGCUGAAGCGGCGCCUGGCACAGACAGAGGCACUGUUGCAGCAGUUGCUCAUUCGCCAGUCGGGCGGGGCUCAGCCAGCGAGCACCAACAUGGGCCAUUCCAUCAACCUGCUUGUCCGCGAGCUCUCCAAGGGAAGUCAGCAGACGCCUCUGCAUGAGCGGCACGAGGGCUUGCGGCAUCGUCGGCCAGCACAUCAGACAUCAGAGGACGAGCCUGCCUGCCCUUGCGGUGCACCACUGAGCAGAGAGUCCUGCCAGGGUGGCUCACAACCAGACUCCUGCUCGGACGGAACGGCAGACAGCGGGGACGAAGCGCUGCCGCCACCGGACAGCGAGGCUGUUGCCCACUAAGCAUCCCACGGGGCAGGAGAAACGCUACUCACGGCCCGAUUUGAGGCGAGGCAAAAUUUACUGUCUCGGCACCCGACGUCAACGAGACAGGAUGGAGCGGCUAUCGCCUUCCUGCGCACUCAGUCCUGCAGAAUCGGAGUAGUUCGCUUCAGUGCUGCUGGACAGCAGAGGCUCCAUCUGCACUGGCCUGGCUGCCACUCGAGAAUGCAGCAAAGGACAACAAAAGUGCACUAGUUUUGGCAUGCUGAACAAACAGUACAGACAACAGGACUACGGGAAGACAACAACAUAAGCGCUGACUAUCAACUAGUAGUUUAUUUGAGCAACAGAAGUGUAUGCAAGACAAAAGGCGGGAAGCAAGUAAGAUAUCCUGCAAGAGGAAGAGACCUUUUGUCUUCGCUGUUUGUUCAGUGUGUCGAUGUUCAACCAACUAGCCUAAACUAACACUUUUAUGCUAAUUCGGGCUGGUUUGUACACAUUAUAGCAAACUGUAGCAACAGUGUAUGAGGCAAAACAAACGAAAUGGACAGACAUUCGUUUGUUAGUCUGUUCACGCCAUUUGUCCUGUCCCAUGAACUGUUGCUCCACUUAGCUAUAGCAAAGGGCAAGCCCACGUGUAGCUAUCUUUGGAAACGAGACAAAGCCAGCUUGGAAGGCCUCAUAUACAGUGGCUGUUCCAUAGCAGAGAACCAGUUUGAUGCGGUCAUCAGUGCAGUUGAACUCGAUAUGAUGAACACGGAUUUAAUGAAUUCAAUCAAUCUAUCAGUCCUUCCUUAUUACCUAAUUGUACAUAAUUAUUUCAUUGUACAUUUAAUUGUACGUAAUGAAGUACGUCUAAAAUUUGGUUGGUCACACUUUAUUUGAAUGAGUGUUCUAACACUAUAAUUAAACCAUGAAUGUGGGAUCCAAGCCAUAUUGUUUAUAGCGAAGCAAAUUUGUAUUUGCACAAGUGUCAAAAUAUUACGCAGGACAGUAGCAACAAAGCCAAAGUGCUCACAGAAGUAACAACACCACUGUGUUGCACUGGUGUUGCAAUUAUAUUGCACAGACCUGACUGCAGAUUUGCUGUUGCUGAUUUUCUUUUGUUCUCUCAUGAAGAAUACUGGAUAUAACGAGCAAAAUUUUCCGCAAAAUGCUACUUUGUUAUAUUGAAGUCUAACUGUACCACCUCUCCUCCAGUACCUCAACCAUCAUCAUCAAUGUUUUAUUAGCCUCACCAUCACUACCAUUAUCAUCUACAUUGUCAUUAUUAUUAGGACAACAUGUGUCAACAAAGAUGUUGAAGUAGGACUAACAUGACACAGGUAAGCCAGCACCAUUGUGGAAGGCUUACAAUAUGGCUGUUGAGUGCUGUACUGAUUGAUGUAUGCGACUUUCCUUUGGCAAGUGCUACAUUAGUUUAACUUACAAUUGUGAAAUAUGCAAGACGCAAAUGUGAAAAUGCAAGAUGUCACUCAAAGAAGCUAAGUGUUGAUUUGGAUUCCAAGCAUUUUAUUCUGUUUUUAGUCCAGGUCUAGGAAUUUCUACUACACGUGCAUUGUUCUUGUACAUCCAGGUAGCUUGUUCAAGUGAAGCUUACUGAAGUGCAUGCAAAUGUUAAAAGUUUGGAACAAGCUAUACUUCUCUCAUCGGUUCCUGGACGGUGAGAACAGCAGGUAUUUAGUUACUUAAUUUGUUUCUCUGGUGCAAGAGACUACGCCCCAUAACAGCUCUUUCAUUCAGACAAAUAUGUCAUUACACAUGCGCAACAUGGCAUACAGUUUGACCAGCUCAACCGCAUUGGCGAGUAAGUCUCAGUGUCAAACAACACAUUGCAUAAAUUUAUUGUGCAUUUUUUUUCAUGCCUCACCAUGCUUUGUUGUUUCGUUUUCAGACCAAGAUUCAUACAGCAUGCUCUAUGGGCAAGCACUUAUUUGAUUCAUGAUUCUUAUUUAUGUUUUUGUGGUUUAUGCAUUGCUAUUUAUUGUAGUUACUCUGUACACUUCCAAAGAGAGGAGGUUUGCAGGAAGUUCCACUAUCCUGAGUGCCAAAGCACCUGUUGUUGUGAGGGAAAGCCACACUUGCUGCUUGCAAGAGCCAUACCCAGCACACUAGCCAUGGAUGGUCGUUUGAUCUGGUUUAAGGAGACCACAGCACACUUGAUUAUAAACGAAAUAGACUUGAGCAUAUAUAUUUGCAGGGUCCUUUGCUGUGUGUCGUAUAGUGGUACCAUCUGUCAAAACACGUGGUGAUCAGCAAAACUGACAGCGAAGCAACAGGAACUAGUGAAAAGCACUCAUCUGGCUUUCUUCCUUCCAAUAGAAGAAAAAGGAGAAUCAAAUAAGAUAGAAAACUGUGUGAGUUGGUGUUUAUACAGUAGAACCUCGUUGAUACGAUCCUGUUACGUAUGAUUUCUCAAUGCCAACAUUCGCAGUCGAGAACACAGAAAAAUGACCCAAUUGAGUUAUGCUUCAUUUUUACCGGUUCGUGCAUUUCCGGAAAACACGGCCUUUCAGCACUAACGUUCAAUAUGCUGGCAAACUGCGAUGGUAUGAUACGUUUUCUGGCCACUAGAUCCCAUGUAAACAAGAAAACGCUCUACGUGUGCUUGAUCGAGAACAGUAGCCACCUGCUGCAUCAGCUUCCCCACAAUGCUCGCCAGCUGGUCUGUAUCACGUGAAAAUUUCGGUGCGCACCCAGUUUCUUAUUCCUGUACCGGCAAAUCUCCUCCCAGGUUGUUGCACGCCACACUCACAGCUGUCGCUGCCAACCAAUGAAUAUAUUGUGAUAAGCAUCUUCACCUAUCUGUUUCACUGUUUCACAGCGCGUGGUGCCGUUGAAGGCUUAAUUAAUAAACGCAUUUAAUAGGCAAUAACCCAAACGCGGCACCAUUCCCUGCUGUAGGCACCACGAUGUGAGCAUCACAUUCCACUCCCGCAGCAACCGGCACAGCCUACCAGCUCAAUUUAACCCCAACAACACACAGGCAUCCUAGGGACAUAUGAAGGAUGUCCCAUACGAGAUUUUAUGGAAAUCCUAGGGAUGUCUGUGAUUAAUCCCGAACACUACCCAAGUGAGAUAAAAAACAACCUCCCGGGGAUGUCCCAAAGUCAUGUGUCAUGUGGUACUUGAUUGGGAUGUUAGAUGUCUCAUUUUUUCUCAUGUACUGGACUGUCACAGAGGUUUUUAACGUGAGAAUGAGGAAGAAGGGCAAGUGUAGAAGGAGCACACUGCAUAUUUUACUUGAUUUAUAUGGUCUAAGAUUUUAGUUCUCUAACAUUGGACCUGCCAAGGAGACCCCAUUAAAAAAAUUCGGGAAGAAACAUUCGUACAGAAAAAAAAAACACUUUUAUUUUGGUAAAAGCAGUAAACAUAAGUAUUAAAUAGACGACUACUGUGAACAUCAAAAUCAGCACGCUUAAUUUUUAAGUGUUCCCUGAGCCCUCGCAAUGCAUGGGAUAGAUGCAUAAUUGACAAACUAUUCAGAUAAGUGUUCCACAAUGCUUGUUGCAUUACAACUGUAUGAAUGGACAAUGAAUGAACUGGCAAACAUUAUGUUGCAGUAAAAGGAAAAAGGAAUGAGUAUUAUAAAAAUUAUUGUCAACACCUUUAAAUUAUGGUAUCGCAGAAUGGGUUUCUUCAUGCUGAGUGGGCCUCUGUUGAUCUCUCUGCUGCCACCCUCUCGGGAACAUGAUGAAACCAUCACAUGCCUGCUUUUUUUAUGUCUUUCAGAGUGGCCCUGAAGUAAGUGUCACGGGUCAGGCUGCCUGCACACACAUAAGAACAUGUUUCUUUUUUUCUUAAAGUAUGCAGGGUAUCUUUGGGUUGGAAAACAAGAACUUUCACAACCAUUACUGCCUCUUGCUUGCUCAAAAUUGCUGAGUAAUGAUGCCCUGGGUGGUCAUACAUUAUUUACAUAUAAGACAGUUUUAGAAAAGCAUACAAGUAAAUGUAGACACAACAGUAACUGCACCCAGUUGUCUCACAGUAACAGGUCCUAUGCUGGCCUCGCGGAUCGCACUUGACAAGAUCAAAGCGUCCUCUAUCCAGCUAGAUGAUAGGUCGAACGCUGUUGAACAUUUAAAACAAACUUUAAUUACACUGAGAAAGUGAAAAAACACACAAAACGUUCAGUUUUACAGCCCAUAGAAAAGUGCCGAUGGGGCGAGUCUGGCCAUCCCGCACUUUUUCGAAGCAUGGUUUCUACCCCCAUUGUCGUCCUCCAGGCCCAGGAAACAUCACCCGACACCUCGGAGCGUCGUCACUGGGUCACUUCCAGGAACCAAACGAAGGAAGCGGUUCCCUUCUCUCGCACACAGCUCGGAGUCCACAGGGGGUCAGCGAAACAAACCAAUAAAAGAAAGGAAGGCUCGCUUCCCUCUUGAAAGAAAAGUCCGGCUGCACGUCCACAAUGUGCAAAGAACACUGCCUGUCUGGUGUCUUCCGUUGUUAGACACCACGAGUGUAUCACGGUGACAGCAAAUGCACAACUUCUGUUGUUGGUGGGAAGAAUGUUUUUAUGACCCCGUCUUUGGCUGUUUUCAGUUCGACCUUGUACACCCUUCCAUCCGCGCUGGCCAGGCUUUGUGUAAUCUCUCCGAUGGGCCAGUCAUCGCGGGUUGCUUUUUUAUCCCUGAGUAGAACCAUGUCACCUUCUUUGAAGGCAGGCUUUGCUGCUUGCCAUUUUCACCGUUGCUGCAAAGUAGUGGCAUACUUUGUGCACCAGCAGUUCCAGAAGUCUUCAGCCAUGUUUUGCGCUAGUUGCCAAAGUUGUUCGUAGUGGUUGCUUAUGUCUAAUUGCCCAGUUGUUAUAGAUGUGCUUCCAUGUUUUUGGGUUAAAAGUGUCACCGGAGUUAGGAUGGUGAGAUAUUCCGGGUCAGACGAAGUGGGAGUUAUGGGCCUGUAAUUAAUGAUGGCCACAACUUCUGCCAAAAAGGUUGCAAGAAUGUCAUGCGUGAGUCAUUGAUAAUGUGACUGCGUGAGCAUUGAGUCAAGAAUGCGGCAUGCAGUGCCGGUCAUUCACUUUGGAUAUUCAUUCACAAAUGGAUAUUCACGAAUAUCCAUUUGCAGCCGUUUCCUGUGAAGAACUUGCCUAUUUGUGAACAAUGAAUGCCGUCUGCGCUAAUUCCAAGUUCUCUGCACGCUCCGCUAAAAUUGGUCCCGCAGUCGGAGCGUAUUAGCUUGACGGGUCAUCGCACUGAUAGGAACCUUCGGAAGGCACUAAUGAAACUCUACGUGUCCAUUGAUUCGAUCAGCUCAAUGUGCACUGCGCAAAUGCUUAAGCAAGUGCCCAGUGCUUGCUGUUUGAGACACCACCUCUCGUUCGGCGAGAGGCAAUCAUCCAGGAACUGAAAACAUCAAUUCCAACAUUCGUGAAAGGAAGAUCUAUGCUGAUUCGGUCUGCCGAAGGUCAGCCAUCUUCUGGUCAUGAAAGCACCCUUGCAGCCUUUUGCAUGAGAUGCAUGCCUCCAGCACGGAUGAGAUGCACUGUUUACCUCCGGCAAAUCAAUACCCAGCAGCUCGUAUGGCUCCUUCUGUGAUUUGUCGGCCCUGAUGUUGCACGCAUUCAUGGUGGUGGCGCACGAGAAGUGUCGCGACAUGGUGCCAACCCAGCAUUAAGAGAGGGUAUUUCCCAUCAUCCGGAAGAUCACCUCUGUCCAAGCAGCUGCCGACACGUAUCAAGCCGUUGGCGUCUCGGAAUCGGUCAAACCUUCGAAGCGAGCUUAUCUUAUGAACUUGCUUUCCUCUCUGGAUACAGCGUAUCUCAUCAAAAAAAUGCGUCUUCUGUACUGCACGAAUGACAACGAACCUGGCUUUGGAGAGCACCUCAGCAGGAGCCACCUCUUCUUCUGACGCGUUCUUUGCGCGACGGACAACCUGGAUCAGACUUGCCACCACAUAAGUUAGAGAUUUCCACUUUGAGAACCUAUAAAAGCAUUCAGCUCCGAGUCGCUGUCGUUUGUUCACCUCCAUCGCCAGAGUGCAGACUUCAGGGUGUGUUUCUCGGUCUUCGUUAGGAUUUAGGAGGGUGAAACCCGUAGACUGUGCUUCCUCCUCUCAUCGUGAGAUAAAGUCAGGUCCGCACUACCACUUGGUGCUCUUAAAACUGUCUCGUUGGAAUCAUGCUAGUGGCUUGGUCUGCUGGAUUUUCUUCUGUGUGAACGUAUUUCCAUUGUUCAGGUUGCGUGCUGCUCCGUAUCGACCGCACCCUGUUGGCCACAUACAUGCAGAACCUUGUUUCAUUGUGUAUGUAACCCAAGACCACUUUGCCAUCCGUGUAGAACAUGACCGAGUUCAGCUGGAAGUCCAAUUCUCAUAGUAUGGAAUCGCCAUUUCUACAGCAAGCACCGCUGCACGCAACUCAAGCCUUGGAAUGGUGUGUUCUGGUUGUGGAGCAAGCUUGGCCUUUGCCAUGACCAAUCCAACGUGUCUGUUUCCUUUCUUGUCGGCCGCAAGUAGGUGUGCCUCCGCUGCAACGGCCCUUGUGGAUGCAUAUGAAAAUACAUGAAUGUCCCUACUUUCAGCUUCAAGCAUUGAGACUGGCGCAUACAUUUUUUGCACGUGAAGAUGGUGUAGUGCCUGGAGAGAGUUCUUCUACUCCUCCCAGCUCCUCUCAGUCAUAACCCUUCAUCACGACAUCACGGAGGAGGUACUUGCCUUGAACAUUUAUUGGAGCCACAACAUCUAGUGGGUUGUAAAGGCUGUUGACGGUCGACAACACUCCCCGCCGCAUAUUUGGCCUGUCUUGAAGAGGAGCCCUGAAGAUGAAGCUGUCGUUGCCUAUAUCCCACAGUAGACCGAGACAUUCUCUGCAUAAGCGACGCGUCUGUGCCAAAGUUCUUCAGACCCUGGGCGUAGUCCUCUGGAGAAAAUUCAUUCAGUGCAUUCUGCCUAUUCGGCGCUAUCUUGUACAGCCUUAUGUUAGCUGGGGUCCUUGAUUUUCGCACAGCUGGCAGCUUGUCGAGUGGCGGGAAAUUGUUGCUUGCGCACUACAUAGGGGAUCUUGUAUUUCGCCUUGCACGUUCGGGCUCCGGUUGGGUGUUCGUCCCCGCACAACUUACAUUUUGGGGUACAGCGAUGGUCUUCUUUAGGGUUCGCAAGUCCGCAAGCCAGGCACGUCUUCAUUGUGGGGGUCGGACACACGUCCUUGCGGUGUCCCACUCGGCCGCACUGCUGGCAAGCGUCAAUCUGUUUCCUGUAGAGGCGGCACAGUUUCAGGGUGACUCAGUAUCAGACGAAGUACGGUACCUUGGGUCCCUGGAACACCACAAUCGCGGUGGUCGUGCUGCCAAUCCUCUUUGCGCCCACUGCUAGCAGGUUCCUGUCAUGGACGAUGUUUCUAUCUAGCUCGUCGGCGCUCGCGUCGAUGGGGAUGCCUCUGAUGACGCCCUUUAUGGUGUCGUGAGGUGCUGUGCAACAUGCGCUUAAAGGUUUGCCUUGAAUAGAGAUUUCCUAGAUUUUAGCGUACCUUGCCGCAUUGUCUUCGUUCGGUGUACUGACGACCAUAAUGUUUUGUUGCGUGUUGGGGAAGAUGAUGUCCGUGGCACUUUCCUCGCUUGUAAUCUUGGUCGCGGCGAGUAUGGCCACAGUGACAAUGGUGGUGCCGGUCUUGACGAUGUCCAGUCCCCCUCUGGUUCUGAUGACUAUCUUGCUUUCUUCCAGUGGCAUGGCUGGCAUGCGUGCUGCCUUAAUGAUCAAGGCUCUGACGUUCUUGUUGAAUUUCGAUUUCGGGCUUGUUUGACUCCUGCCGGGGGUCUGCUGGCGCAGCCUCGAGUUCUAGGAGGAGGUCUCCAAGCUCUUGCAGUCUGGUAUUAUCCUGGUAAGAUAUUUUCCGGAAGUGUUCCAGGCACUUCAGUAGCUCAAUUGCCUCAGGGCGCCUAAAGACGUCGUCUAGCUGUUUCCACACAACGUUCAAGCCUGUUGUAAAGUCAUCGAUGUGCACUGAUUUCAACCUCCGAGCCUGAUGUGACGAUUCAGGGCCAAACUAUUUGAUGAGAAGGUCGAGCGCUUCCUGGGCAGAAAGUCCUAGAUCUCUGAUGACAUUUUUGUAGAAUGACUUCCAAGCGUGAAAGUUUUCAAGUCAAUCAUCAAACUUAGUAAGACCACUUGAAACAAGGUCUUUGCAUCACAAGAAUUUAAGGACAGCGGCUAGCGCUGAGCUUGAACUGCUGUGUGCAGGGGCUUACACAGGCAGCUGCAGGUCAACUAGUAAGUACAUAGGACAACUCGUAGUUCCGGCAUGCUUUGAACUUGGGUUGUUAAGGGCAACAUGGUAGUAAAAUGGCUGCUUAUCAGCUUGCUGACACAUCGAAUUAUUCACAGCUGUGUUGACUCCCGGCGACGUGUGAGCAUUGUUUACGUCACCGCUAGAGUUGGUAACAGCCACCUCAGUAAACACAAGCGCAGCGUUGCGUAGGGUUUCCUGUUCAUUGAUAUAGCCCCUAGUUUGCUGCGUUAGGUCUACAGAAGGGAGCGUGCGCAUUCCCUCCCCACCAUCCUGCUCCACAGCUGCCUCGAACGCAAUCGCCUGUGCAUCUGCAGCUGCCGUUUCUUUGUCAUCCUGCAAGAUAUCCAACUCAAUCUCAAUUCUUGCCUUCUCAAUGCGCAUCAUGGCCUCUCUGCGACAAAACUCUGCUCAGGUCCAAACGGCUUGUGCUUGCACACGUGCUUGUACGGCAGCUAGGAUGAUUGUUGACAAGCCUUAUCAUCGUGAGCUUGGAGAAACACUUCAGUGGGCCGAUAAAGAGUGCUGUGACGUCUCUUACAAGUGAUCGCAUUCUCAUUCUGCAGCCUUGCCACACAGUCUCAUCACGAUCUGCAUCGAUUGCUUUCUGAAGGUGUAAUUCCUGCCGGAUUUCAGAUCUGUUCAUUUUGGUGAGAAAAAUAGCGUAUCUGGUGGCGACGUGCUCAUAGCACGCAUAGCUUGCACGAAGCUGCAUUGCGGUGCUGUUAAUGUCUUCCUCUUUCACCCAUGACACUUUGGUAAUAGCGAUCUCCACGUUCUUUCAGGCAGCAUCUACUCUCUGACAGUGCUCUUCGCGGUUCAUUUCAUGCGCUUCUUUAGUUUUCAUGGAAAACGUAGUUGCUCUUGGUGAUCAAAUGUUUGUCGUGGAAGCAUCAUGCUCUGCUGUCAGAACUUGAGAGGUUUCAGGCAUCAGCUUGUCCUGAUCCGUUUUGCCGUGCGUGCUUCACGACUUAUCCUACUCAAAGCGGACGUAUGUAGUAAAGCCUGCUAAGCUGCACGAUGAAAUUUGAAACAAGCCCACCUUGUCGUUGCCCUGUGUGCUGUCAGCUGCUCAACUCCUGGGCAAUGCUGUGUUCUUGCAGUAGGCGAAUGUCAUGGUCAAACCGGAGGUCUUUCAAGGCGACGUGUCCCACUGUGGUGGAUGUUGAAUUGGCGGCCGAUGACAGUCAACUUACUUUUUUACUAGCUGGCCUAGUAAAUCGCACUUGAUGGGAUCACAGUGUCCACUAUCCAGCUAGAUAACGGGUUGAACACAGUUGAACAUUUAAAACAAACUUUAAAUCACACGGAGAAGUUCAAAAAAGGAAGGUAAAAACACACAAGACAUUCAGUUUUCCAGCCCAUGAAAAAGUGGUCCUGUCUUUAGGUCUGGUGGAGUAAGUCUGGCCGUCCUGCAUUUUUCGAACCGCAGUUUCCAUCCCCGUUGUCGACCCCUAUGCCCGGGAAACAUCUCCCAACACCUCGAAGCGUCGUCACUGGGUCACUUCCAGGAACCAAACGGACGGAGCAGCUCCUUUCUAACGCGCAAAGCUCGGAGUUUGUGGGGGGUCAGCGAAACAGAAAGCAAUAAAAGAAAGGAAGGCUUGCUUUCUUCCAGCUGCGCGUUCACGAUGCACACAGAACAGGUGCUCUGUAGUUUAUCCUCAGGUUAUUCAGGAACAUUAUACACAAUGAAACAUUAAAAAUCAACAAUGAGAAAUAAAAAAGAAUGCAAGGCAAAAUCUUCCGUAAUGAAAGAUAACGUACUACACAUCAGCUUGCAGAUAUUUAGGUCACGGGACUUCUUGCUUUUCACUCUGAACCAGCAACAUUCCAAGACAGCAGGCUCUUGAGGAUGCGAGAUGUUAGUUGCUGUGCACUUUCACCUCCUUUGGUCAUAUGCUUUUUCUAGGAGAAAAAGUUCCAUGAAAAUUUGAAAGAAUGAGUUAGCUUAAACCCAACAUAAGAUAACAUCCGAUGGUUUAAGUGCAGCAAACGUGGGAAACCUUCAGGGUAAAGGAGUGGUGUAUAUACCAUUACUGUUUCGUAUACUCUUAAAAGGGGUGCUUAGUGUGACAAAGCAUGAAAAACAAUAAAGGCAGUGUUGUGUCACUGCUCAUAAUGUAGCAGAGUAACAACAUUUAUAUCUGUAAAUUAUACACUAACAGGCAUGCAAGUGGGCAUAUGACGUUGUACUUCAUCAGUCACUGCUCCACUAAAUAGUAACUGCCGGCAUGUCAACACAUAACCUUCACUUAAACACAGAGCAUCCCUGAAGGUAUGAAAUGUGAACUUAGGCAACAGCAAAUCAAAAUUACUAUUGCAACCUUUUCUUCACUGUUGGCUUGAAGCUCUUCAUCAUAUCUCAAUGAGUCCUCUACAGAUGAAACUGGCUAGCCAGGAAUGUCCGCUGAAUGCAGAGGUGCAUCGUCCACUUUCUUUAUUAGUUCACUAAAGUACUGUGUGUGCGCCUGUUAAGUAAGCUUGGUGGCAUUAAGUGCAAACAAAAUUUUUUCCAUGAAGGCUAAAACAAAAAGAGCAUUUGUGAGCAUAGUAGAUGGUAUGCUAACACAGUCAAGAGCCACACAAUAAACGUGGUAUGCUUUAAGAAGCUCACAUUCUUAAGCUGUCACUCCCCCUACCAUCACUAGUCAAACAUGAAACAUGGAGGUACCCCCGUAUUCAAAACAAUGAAAGGGUAAAUGGCCACCUGUGUCUGUGGGCAGCGAAGAGUGAUGUUUAUGCAUCCUGUCUGGCUGAUGCAAGUAUCAAGAGCCUGAAAUUUUAACUCACUUAUGGUCACCGUUCAGGCGCAUUCAUGAAAUGUUAGCUUGCAGUUUUUUCCAAAUAAAUUAGCGAUUAAGUCUACAGCGCAGAAAGGCAGGUGUACAAAAUGUGAAAAUGAGAACACAGGGACAACAUUCCUGUUCUUGUGUCAGUGUUUUGCAUACCAGUCCUACUCUACAACAAAUUCCUACCCACUUGCACAGUUUUUAUUUUCCAUGCACCUCGCCAACAGGACCAUAAACACACUCCACAGAAAUGAAUUACAUCUCUUCCAAUCCAUGACUGAAGUCUGUUAACUGUAUUUUUAUUUCCCAGAGGCUCCAUAAGCUUACUGUAGGUGGAGGUCAAUACCCAGAUUUAUAGAAACACAGUGUGCAAAUUUCGAACCGAGAAAUUGUAGAUCUGGCUGUGACAUGUUUGGCUGAGGCGGCGUUGUUGGUGCAGGGCAAAACUGUGCACCUGGAAAACCCAGGAAAUAUAGGAGCAGCUGUACGAUGUACAUUUUCGCAGUUAAUACAUUUUUCUCCCCAUGCCUUUUUUUUCCCCAGGAACGUAUGAACGAGGUUUCUACUGUACGUGUUUGUGAGAGGCACGAAAAACAUGGGACAGAUGGAAAAAAAGGCACACGCUCCCUACACGCCCUUUAUGUAGAGUAAUAGAGCUUGAUAGACACAAGAUUUCAAACAAAAAUCAAAUUAUUGGAACUACCUUGAAAAUCUUCAAGCUAGUACAUUCUUCUUUCUUAAAUUGACAGUGUCAUUCUGGCUAUCCUGCUUUGUUUACACACACUGAAAUCACGUGACUGCCGCAUCGUAUAAGGGAAAGGUGCUGCAUGUUCCUUCAUUAAACUUCCAGCUACACAAUUGCGUAUUUUCUUUUCAUCAAUCUUUUGUUCUUUGCGUCAUUCACAAAUAUGGAGAAGCAAAUUUUGGAAGGACUUCUCUGUGCAUUGGCCUACGUCGAUUGUUUAUUGUUUAUCGCAACAAUUAUUGAUCUGUACGCUAGUGAUGGCUUCUCCCCAUGUGUGGAUGGGUUUUUUUUUUUUUUUUUUUUUUAAACACUGUGACUGCACUUGGUGAAUGGAGGCAUGCGCAGUGUGUGGAAAACAGACAUGCAAGACCUGCUUCCUUUGCAAGUGUACAGAGAGACUCCAUUAUCUGAUGUAGACUGUUAGUGCCAGACCAAGCUGGCAGCAGUGAUUGCUUCUAGUCAAUAGUUCUAUCUAGUCUCGAGUAUAGCAUUUUCUGUGAAAAUGAGUAGAGGGAACUCUGGCGUCGGCGAUCUUGCAGCUAAUGCAGGAACUAUGGGUAGUGGCACACAGCUUUGUCAAACCUUCGUGCUUGUGGCUUCAGAUGUGCUUGUGGCCGUAUUUAUUACAUUUUUCCUUUCUGACUUUUCAAGCAGUCAUGUUUUCCUGAUUGCAUUAAGGAAGCAAGUAUAUCUGCAUACAUAUAUAAUCAUUGCAAAUUGUUGCAUUUUCGUUAAAGAGUGAUCAAAUUACAAAGUCUCAGAGCCAUUUGAAGCCAGAAGAAUGAACUUUAGGCAGAUCCAUGUAGUAUUGCGCCAUCAUUCUCAGGUUGGCUGAACCAGCACACCUGCAGCUUCCAUAGAAACUGUAAUGCCAGAGUUCAUCCUAGAAAUUUUCGUAGGAGAGUCUAUGGUCUCCAGCACUUCAGCCUUUGGCUGGGGCUGCGACAUUUCCAGCUUUGAUUGCAAAUCACAAAUGAGCGCCUACUCUUCGAACUGGUGCCAAAGCCCAGCAGUAAUGCACAUUGCAUCAAUCAAAGGGAACGUAACUGUGGCACUGCUUAACCUUUUUUGACAGCCUGUACAUGGGACAGUGAGGCAGCAGUUCUCACAAUCAAGCCAAAUAGCAUACGUGCACUUGCUCAAGUUGUCACCUGCAAGCCUGAAGUUUUGCUAGUCUCGUGAUACUGUAAAGAAAGCGCACAUUUCUUUCUAUUUCAUAAAUCCUGAAACAGGCUACGUUCAUAAAAAGCCAGUCUUCGUGGCAGUGUCACCUUUUCGUGAUACAUUGCAAGUGCAACGUGCAGGUUGGGUAUUUGUCCUUUGUUGUGGUUGAGGUGAUGAACUUUAUUUCUAGGGCAUUCAGCCUCAUAUUGUCUUCAGUGUGCCUCCUGUUUGUGUUUCCUUCGUGAGGAAGUUUCUCAAGCCCAACGUGUUUCUCGAAACUGCCUUGCUAGUCAAGAUAUAUAUUCACUUUCAUAUUUUGAAAAAAAAAAGGCCAAUCCAGAAUAGUUCCUACUUUUUUAAAAUAUACAUAGGGUACAUUGCAGAUAUUUUUAUUUAUUUUUGAAGGUCUUCAUUGCUGCUGUAAAUUCGGACUUUUCGGUUUGGUGCUUGUAGAAGUUCAAGAGAUUCAGACAGACAUGUGUGUGCCUGCAAGAAUGCUACAGGUGUCAGUGAUACGAAGAAGUCUCUCUAUCAUGUUGUUUGUGCAGUGUUAACAUUCAUUCCAAGUUCCAGUGUGAGCGUGUGCACGUGAAGAAAGCCCAUCAUACGUUGUGUGCAUGGAACUCGUCGAGAGUUGUUCAUGAAGCUUAGCUCAAUAAAAGCUAGGAAAAUAAAUGAAUACUAAAAUUCAA